AUGUCAACCCUGAAAAUUACUUCGAUGCUUUCCAAAUUCCUUACUGCCAGAGGGAAAACGACAAGCAUUGGGAGCCCGAGCCAUCGUGUUUUUGUCACUGCCACUUCUAGACCACUGCAAGACAAAAAGGAUAAACAGACAGCAGAGGCAUGUCAGAGUGUAACAGAGGCAGCAGAAUCAGUUAAAGAUGGUGCAAGAUCAGUGAAGAAAGCUGCUGAAACUGUGACAAAUAUGAGUAAGGAGGUGACAAAAAAAGUAUCUGAAACUGCAGAAGCCAUCACAGACAAGGCUGCUUCAAUUAUCAAGGAAAAAGUAGUUGGCAAGUAG